AUGUACUGGAAUCUGAAAGGGGAUAGGAACACCAGGUUUUUCCAUGUCAUGGCCAGUAGUAGGCAAACCAAAAACACUAUCAACUCCAUCAUAGUUGGGGGUGUGAAUCUUGAGGACCCAUAUUCAGUAAAGAAUGAGGUUUGGCUUCACUUUUCAAACCUGUUCAAAGAUGAUUGGAAAAUAAGGCCAACUUUGAAAGGUGAAUUCAAAAGUAUUAGACUCAGUACCGACUUUCAUGUUCUUGAAGCAGAUUUUUCUGAAGAAGAAAUUUGGGCUGUAGUAAACGAUUGUAAUAGGAACAAAGCCCCAGGACCAAACGACUUUAACCUGAUGUUUUUUCAGAAAUUUUGGAAGGUGCUUAAAGGUGAAGUCCUCAAAUUUAUGCAAGAGUUUCAUGCUAGUGGCAGUUUAAUCCUAGGUUUGAAUAGCUCAUUCAUUACUCUUGUCCCUAAGAAGGAGAAAGCUUUAUCACUAAAUGAAUUCAGAUCUAUUAGUCUGAUUGGUUUCGCCUACAAAAUUCUUUCCAAAGUCCUAACAAAUAGAUUGAAGUUAGUUAUGCCUUCGAUAAUUGGUGAUUCAGAAUCUGCUUUUCUGGAAGGUAGAAACAUGUUGGAUGGUGUUUUGAUUGCAAAUGAAGUUGUGGACAGCUGGGUCAAAUCUAAGAAAGCUGGGCUGAUCUUUAAAAUAGAUUUUGAGAAGGCUUUUGACUUCAUCAACUGGAAUUUUCUCUUUUCAAUGUUAGCAAACUUUGGUUUUGGCGAAAAAUGGAUCUCUUGGAUACAGAAGUGUGUCUCUACUGCUAGAAUUUCAAUCUUUGUCAAUGGAUCUCCAACAAAAGAGUUUAAUCCCCAAAAAGGGCUCAGGCAAGGUGACCCCUUAUCACCAUUCUUAUUCAAUUUGGAUGUUGAGGCAUUAAAUAUUCUCCUUCAGAAAGCUAUGGACCUGAGAUUGCUUAAAGGUGUAUCUGUUGGGGUCAAUGAUGAGGUGCAAUUGAUUGUCAUCUCCGGAUCUGUCCUUGCGGAGUUUGCUUGCCUCUUGAACCGCAAGUCUCAAAAUCUACCAAUCAAGUAUCUAGGACUACCCUUGGGUGCAAACCCAAAGAGAAAGAAAACUUGGAAACCAGUAGUUGAUAAGCUACCUGAGGGAAUUGCCAAGGAGUUAGACAAAAUUCAAGCCUCUUUCUUAUGGGGUGGGCCAGAUCUGAAGCGCAAAAUUCAUUUAGUGAAAUGGUCAGAGGGUGUUGGGAAAUGGAUUCCAAACCCAAGUUUAAACACCUCAUCCUCUUAUAUCUGGAAUAGAAUAGUGGCAGUAGGUGAUCAAAAUCAGUCCUUUUCCCUUUACUAUGCUAGCAACCUCCAGUUAAAAGUGGGCAAUGGCUGUCGUAUUAGGUUCUGGUCUGACUCUUGGUGUGGAAAUGUUUGCCUGAAAGAGGAGUUCCCUAGGCUCUUCAGUUUAUCUUCACAAAAGGAAGGCCUGCUUAAGGAUUUUGUAGAAGUCUCUGGCACUACUAAGAACUGGUUGUUCACAUUUAGGAGGUCUCUUUUUGUUUGGGAAAAGAAUGAACUGCUCAGGCUAUAUGGCUUAGUAGGUCUAGCUCCUUCCAUUCAGCUGGAGUCCCAGGACAGUGCAAUUUGGAGAACAGCCAAGCCCGGGCAAUCUUUUGUGUCCAAUCUUUACAACCAAACUAGCAGGGACUCUGGAGGCACUGAAAGUUUCAGUCAUCUGGCUAAGCAAGUCUUUUACCUAAAUGAUACUAAAUGGGGACAACCUUGGCAAGUUGUUCAACGAGUGCAACAUAGGGGUGUCUUUGAUGUACUAGAGGUAGGUGAUGGAGAAUCAUUAGAUGAACCAGAAGAAAACAAUGUGUUCCAACAAGAAAAUAUUACCGAUAUUGUUCCAAUUGACAUCGGCCCUAAUGUUCAAUGUUAUAGAGAUGGUGUUGAGGCAGAAGUUGUUACAAGGGUUAGGUCAUCUGAUGAAACAAUGAUGGAGAAUAGAGCUGACAAACAAAAUGAAGAGUGUGACGAACCUGAUGUGGAUUACGAUAUGGAUCUUGAUGUAGACUAG